AUGCUUGAUUGGAUGAAGUGGUCACAGUCAAGUGACCAUUUGCCAGCCAGUCAGGGCUCCAGAUUUCCAAAUAUCGUUAAGCUGACUGCAUUAGAGAGGCAAGUGUUCGAUUUCCUGGGAUACCAGUGGGCCCCUAUCCUAGCAAACUUCCUCCACAUUAUCAUCGUCAUCCUCGGCCUGUUUGGCACUAUCCAGUACCGACCUCGCUACAUAGUGGUGUAUACCAUCUGGACUGCAGUUUGGGUCACCUGGAACAUCUUCAUCAUUUGCUUUUACUUAGAAGUAGGAGGGCUCUCAAAGGACAGUGAGCUCUUGACGUUCAACAUCUCCCGGCACCAGUCAUGGUGGAGUGAAAAUGGUCCUGGCUGUGUAAGGAAGGAGGCUUCAAUGUCUGGUAUCAAAGGGCUGAAGAGCCAUUCCUACAUCUCUGUGGUUGGCUGUGCCCUGGAGUAUCGCUACAUCGAGGUUGUGCACAGCUCCUUCCAGAUCCUGAUCGCGCUGGUGGGCUUCGUCUAUGCCUGUUAUGUUGUCAGUGUUUUUACAGAAGAAGAAGACAGCUUUGAUUUCAUUGGUGGAUUUGAUCCAUUUCCUCUCUACCAUGUCAAUGAAAAACCCACCAACCUUUUGUUCAAGCAGACAUACCUGUUGAUUUCUCCAGCAGGCUUUUCAGGUAUGAAAGGAAUGAAGAAGUGGACACCACAAGGGGUGAAACUGCCUCGGCUCACCCCCAGGUUGCAGGGUGAAGCUGAUGUUGCCAUACUUGGUUGAUGGCUGUGCUGCUCGAUAGGAAGCAGUGGGGUCAGCUGUAGCAUGUAACUGCAAACAUACUGCUGGAUGCCUUUUCCUUGAAGAAAGAAAAGAGAGGCUUUGCAGCAGUGAGUGGUGCUCAAGCAGGUAAAGGCAGGAGCCAUGAGGAAGGAAGAAUCAGCCUCAGUAGAUGCUGAGUAAGCCACAGUAGUAGCAGAAUAUGAUUCUUGUUCUCAAGGUUAAGUUGUGGCCUGUUAGGCAAAGCCUCAAUGAAAGAUCUUUUGCUAGGGUAAAAUUUCUGCAUUGUCUGGUUAUUUAAGCUGUAUCUUAGCUCUGUGGACAGACAGUCCUAACAGAACUCUGACCUGAAUUCAUGCAGUUUUGAUUACUGGCCCUUUGUCAUCCUCCAAUAAUCUUCUCAUGGUAGUACCAUUAAAUUUGACUAUCCUGGGUACAGGGUCUUCCUGUAGCUGUUGGUACAUCUAGGGAAGCUGCCAGGUAUAGAGCUAACACACCAGUGAAUUAAACUAAGCAUUAGGUGGUUUGUUGACAGGGUGGUGCAGGUUUGUUCUUAAAGUUUACAUUCUGUUGCCUACGAGAACAGGGGCUGCUAUGUGUGGAGCAGCCCAAGAAUUCAGCUGAGAGCAGGGAGCAGAAAGCAGCUCCUCUCUGACCACUGAGAUCCAUUGUUGAGUUCUAGCUUGAAUCCUUUCACACUGCUGAAGGCACAAGAUCACACUUUCACGUUGCCCACUUAGAAGCUGGUUUUUAUUGACAUUCUCAAACCACAAAUGCCAGUGUUAUCUGUUUAAAGCAGCAAUAAGACCUGCAUUUUGGAUACUCUUUAAAUCAAGCUGCAAGACAAUUCAACAUGCAGAUUUUUUUUUUUAAGCAGCUGCUGAGAAGUUGGGUUUGGAGAAUGAAGUUAGCAGAGUCCUGCCAAAAAGAAGAUGUGAGGAUGCUGGAAGAAAAGUGGGGCUGAGAGAGGAAAAACUCUCCCCAAACUGAUUUUUGGAGGUGCCCCUCUAGUGUAGCAUGGACUCACAACUGCCUUCAUCGCUAUAACUCAGGAGAAUGAGUACUUUUUGCAAAGCACUUAAAUUCCCCAUAACUUUGGGGGCUCUACAGCAUUAUUAGAAGGGAUGCUACAGGAGAUUAAAUAUUGAUUUCCCUCUCAUUUUGUCAUGGUGGGAUGGAAUUUUCCAUAGUCUACAGAAGCUGUUGGGAGUUUUAAGCAGCUCCCUGAUUUACCGGCCUGGUGCAGCAGCAUGAGGAAAUGUCACACUUCUACAGACUGGGCUUGAAAUGACAAAUUCUGUUUGGGAAAGAAGCUAGUACUUAUACAUGAAGUUUUCUCUUCAGAAAGAUACUGUAAUAUGAACAGAAACCAGCCAUGUAAAGUUCCUUUACCAGGGUUUAAGAUGCUAAGGUACUGCGGAAGAACACAGACAAUUUUGUUGCUCUUCAGUCCCAUUCUUCAGACCAUCACUUAACUAUUGAUAGCUCCUGCCAGCACAAUAUAGCUAACAGGAGGUGAAAAACAGCUGCUGAGCAGUGGAUAAGAUAGAUUUCACAGCAACCACCAAAUAGCAAUUUUGGUUUAUUUAUUUCAGCCUAGGUCCUGCCUUUCUUUCACUUGUAUGAAUGGGAGUGAGAAGAGGAACAGAUAUUUGAUUCUUAACUAACUGCCAGGGAGUUUUGCAGUCUGGGGCACUGAGUGCCAGAUGCCCUUGUCUUGCUGUGAAAAAUAAUUUCAUGACAAUAGAGAAAGUAUUUUCUGAUUUUGUAUCUUGUUCAAGAAGAUACAAAACAAGAAACACACUCAACUCCUUUCAGGUUUGCAUUUCUGGAACAGCUAGGAAUAUGGGUUUUCUGGUUUUAACUCCUUCUUGUUGAAGGAAACGCUGAACCAAACCUAAUCUACAGCUCCUGAUUUCGAGCUAACUCCAACUCCACUCUCAGCUACUCUCCUGAUAAUGUCCUUGCUCUGUUGCCACAACUCUAACAAGAUUGCUUUCCUUCAUUCCUUAAUGGAAUUAUCCCAUUCACUUCAAUUUUAUCUUUUCUUUUCUGAUGAGAUCACACUCUUUUCUUUCCUCCCAAUGUGCCCUUUCAUUGUCCUGGCUUGCAUUUUUCCCAGCCUCUCUUCAUCUCUCCAAAUUGAUGAUUUUUCAUAGAGCUGAGACCCCACGGAAUAAUGACACUGCCAAAGAGUGAUGAGCAUAGCUUAAGUCCAAGUCCAACUGCAAAACACCCAGCCUAUGAGUUCAGUAACUUCUAGACCUGCUGUCACAGUUCAAAGACAUUAAAGGGAAAUGCUAUGUUUUCAGCAGCCUCCUUCAAUGGCUAUCAGCUGUUAAAUUCAGUAUUCAAACUGUACUCCCCAUUCCUGGCCUUCAGUGCACUGUAAAAUAUUCUGCAAUACUUUUACCUUCUACUGGGAGGAGAAAAGCAUUUCGCCAAACUAUGAUUGAUCAUAGUUACUUCCAGACCACAAUCCAGUUCUCUCUCAGCAUUGUCAUGGUAAUCUACCGACCUCCUGGCCUUCAGUUACAGAAAACCUCACAGAUCAGCCAGUCAGAUGUUAUUUUUCUUCAAGAAAAAGCCAACAGCAGCAAAAAUAAAUAAAUAAAUAACACAAUCAACCAACAGUUUUGUAGUGUUGCCUAUAAAAGCAUGAUUUAAGUGUGCUUCAUCUUAAUUAGCAUCUCCACCACUCUCACAGCAGCACUGAUACUCUAUAAAUACACUUAUUUCUAUUUCAGUUCCACAGCUGCUUCUGUUCUACAUUUCAGUGACUCCAGGGGGGAUUUAGUUUUGAUAGUUCCUGUUUCAAGUCACAGACUUAAGUAAAAGAGAUUCAAAUUAUCAUGGGAAAAAAAAGUGUUCUAGCAGUUGUACUAUGCACUGGAAUUACCUUUAGUCUCACUGCUGCUCAAGACACUGCACUGAUUAUUUAAUGGCAAUGUAUUAAGGUGCUUGAUAGAAGGUGUGUUAAAAUCUUCAGUGCAGGAGUUUCUGGGUCAGAGUUCUUAGCCAAAGGAUAAUAAAUCGCUUAUUGAAACCAAAGGUGUUCUCCUGAGGCCGAAAGAGAAGGUUUCAGUGAGUUUUCAGGAAGGAAGGGCUGAGCUCUUACCCCUCCCUUAUCUUAAGCUCAAAUUCAGGCUCUGCCUGCUUGCAGCACAGGUCAGGACAUCAGCUCUGGGUUGCUUUUUGUCUCAUUCUCUUCAAGUAACAGAAUCCUCAUCAUCUGAGGCAAAGAAGCAUUCUUGCCUUAGUAACUGUGAAACAGUUGACACAGACACAGAUUUGAAGUCUGACUAAAGUUGUUAUUUCCAAGUACCCUGCAAUACCUGCUGAGAUAGGAGGAGGCACACCUCAUCACCAUCAUUUGUCAGCACUUCCUGCUUGCUGUCUGUUGGUGUCUUUUGCCAUCGUUGUCUGUAUUUGUUUCAGAAAGCAGCACUGUACAAUCUCAAUUACACAGCAGAAGAGUCUCAAAGCAUGACUGUGUAUGUGAUCUAGUGCUAGAUGAGGAACCUGAAGGAUGACAGGAGGUAGCCUCUAUCUAAGAGGUAGAAGGAUAAGCAAUAGAUCUUCCUGCCUUUCAAUACUGUAUUUGUAACACCAAGCAGUGAAUUGCACAGUUGUGAAGCUCCAGUCUGUACUCAUCACAAUCUGCCCUCCCUCCCCCCCUCCCCAAGUACUACAUUAAUGGUUUAAGAGCUUUAGUUUGAUUUUAGUUGUGCAACCAUAUCUCUCUUUCCUCAGGUCUACCAGUGGCACGGGCCAAAUGGUAACACUGGGUGUGACUUUGAUCAGAUGUAGACCUCAGUAUUGACAGGGUAGCAACAGGAGAUAUUGGUUAAUUGAACAAUCCAAAGCUUCAGUGGUGAUUGCUCACUGUAAUACUCCCUAAUUGAGUCUUUUGUGGUGCACUCUGUAAUGCCAGGGGCAUGAGACAGCUGUGAGCAUGCAGCCUUAAAGAGUUAGACCCCAUAACAGUCAGAGGUGUUCUUCAGUAGAUCAACUGAUGGGUACAAGCACGCAGAUAACAUUCUUCAAUUAAAAAAAAAUCAAAAUCCAGAAUAAAGCACUGGAGGAGGGAGUGCUUUGGGAUUGUUUUUUCCCCCUACCCCCUCCAAAUUUUAAUGGCCAGGACACUUCAAAGGAAACUUCUAGUUAAAAAAGGGGGGGGGGAAAUCCUAUUUUUAUGUCCUCAAAGCAAACACAGAACAAAAUGCUUCUGCUUUUCUUUCUAGGUAGACUUUUCCCCAAACAAACAAUUUGCUGAAUAUCAACAACGUGAAUUUGCAAAGUGUUUUGAUCAAACAGAAGCUGCAUGUUUAAGAGGUGAUGCUUCAGCUGAAAAACAUUCAUUCAUCUUUCCUGAUGGCUACAGAAGUAGAUCUGCUUUUACUGCUGCAUCUACACAAAAAAGCUCAUCACUGCAGUUUCAAGAAGCUGCUUUAUUCUAAUAGAGAUGACCCCUAGGCUUUUUAAAUUCCUAUCCAAGUUUUAUGCAGCUCCAGAUGCUGAGGACACAUAGAUCUAACACUUUAGUUCAUAUCUAUUUCUUAGUCUAACUGCAGCAUAUUCAGGUCUGAUAUAGACCUGAAAACUACUUAACCACGUCACCUUCAAGCUCUCAAUCCUGUUCCUCAUCUGUAGUCAGUCAAAAACCCAAAAGAAGGGAAAAACACCCAACAAACCACCACAAAACAAUCUUGUCCUCAUUAUUGUCAUACUAUUUCUGUUACCUUCAGCAUGGUACUUGCUCCACACUGAUGCCCUGCCUUCACUUACCCCCCCCUGCUUACAGGUCUGCGUAAGUGAAGAAGAGCCAGAGGAUGGGUAAACCGUGCACUCCACCAUCAGAGAUGCUGCAGGAAACAAUCCCCUGUGGCCUGGAUCUUUGACAGAGGAAAUGCAGGAUGGUGAAUUCCAUUCCAUUUUUUGUUCCUUGUCCUCUUUUCAAAUGUACUGAAUGUACAUUGAGGAGUGGCCAUGCACUUGGUUUUUAAUUCUCCAAGUGCCCUGAUGAACCCCUCCUACCAUAGUCUGGUGGUAGAGCCCAAUAAAUGGCACAGGUCUGGAGACCUCAGGAAGAACAAGUUCACCAAGAGCCUCUGAAGAGAUACAGUUGAAGUUGGAGCUGCUUCCUUGUGCCAUGGAUCCAUGGAGAAGGAAGCACUGCAUAAUAACCUGGGACAUUUCAUACACUUUAUAGUUAGCUUCUUCCCCUUCUUUCCCUUGUUCUGAAAAGAGCCUAAAACCCCCUAACACAACUUCAUCUCCUCCCCACCUGUGAGAACUAGUUGGGGGCUAUUUACAUUUUAGUUAUUUAGGCUUGUUUUGCUUUUAAGUUAUAGGUGAGAGCACUUCCCUUUCCCACCCCACCAUGGAUCACUUCCUCUUCUUCUUUAGACAUGUCCUUAACAGUAGGCAUUUGUUCUGGAUUUCAGCAUUCCAUGAUCCAACUCCUGUAAUGCUGAACAGCUAAAGUAGCACAACCACCAAAUCUUUACUCAGCAUGGAGCGUAGCCCCAUUUCAACAUGCCAAGCCAUUCUCAGAGCAGCUGUAGCUUACUCUGGGUUUGCCCAUCUAUAUCAAGUUAAUACUGGUGUAGCCAUAAUAUACACAGCUGAAAUCUGCUACAGGACACUGGCAAAGACCCUAGUUCUUCAUGGAUCAUAGAUGGUUUUGUACCUGCCUUCUUCACCAAGCAGCUGCAGUUAUUCCAGGCACGAGCCUGGCAACAUCCUGAUGCGAGGGGAUUUUGUGGUGAUAAAUUUGAUGGGAGGGAAUGGGCUUAAGGAAAGGGGGAAUAAAAGUGUAAUUAAAUCGUACACAUGAGCUGCGGCAAUUAAUUAAACAAGAAAAUAAACAAAGACCAAUGUCAGUUUUGUUGGCUGUGUCUCCCAGCAUGUUGUGUCAAGCAGAGAAGAGCACU